AUGGAAGCAACACGUACACGGCCAACUUGCCCUGUCUGUAGAAUCGAAUUUCCUUCAGUUGGCCGUGAUCUCUGGCUAUGCCCAAACUGUCAUACAGAGCUCGAGCAGCCUACAUACUACGCACAGUCCGACAAGAGCGAAGAAACAGCCAUUACUGAACCCUGGGCCGCAUCUUCCUCCCAAGGGAGUUCGGAACCGGACACAGUUUCCCCGACAGAAUCAAACGGCAACAACUCUGAGCGAAGUUCUUCGUUCGACGAACCGCCAAGGGAGCUCCCGUAUACCCACAAGCGACGAGAUACUACCAAGUGGACGGAUGCGUUCUCCAAUAACGGCCCUACGCCUGCAGAGUCUGAUCUCAGCACUGAGGUGGGACGCUCGGAAGAGAUCUUUCCGCCUCUGUCUUCGAGCGCGGACAGCUCCAAUAGGAGUCCUCUUCGGUCGCCUGUGUUCACGCAUCCGAACGGAUCUGGAGUGGUUGCAGACGCCUGCGGUCACUUCUUGCAUUCAGAUGUCAAUUCCCAAAUCACAGAGAUGCGUGUAAAGCUUGUACUUAUGCAAUGCCAGAUGCAACUCCAGAGAUACGAGCCCUACACAGCCGCCAAGGCCGCCGAGCUCGCGGUGAGCGCUUUUAAACUAGCAAAACCUCUCAACUCCGAGGCUCUGAUGGCACGGUGCCAUUUCUGGAACGGGCGAGCUGAAGAGGAGGCAGGAGAGUAUGGACGCGCCUUGAGAUCUUACAAGCUCGCCAGAGCGGCGAGGGGAAUCUACUUCGAGGGUGACCAGGCCGAUGGCGCUUUCGAAGAACUUAAGGUUAAGCUUCAGAAGUCCAGCGACGCCUCGCAUCACUCGACGCUGAUACGGGCGGCUCAAGCAUCUGAGUCGGUUCGCGAGAUCAACGACGAGCCUCUGUCGGGACACAGCACGCCCGUUUUCCUGACGACACGCACAUUUGCUCCACACCGUCCGUCUUGCCCAGUGAGUGCUGAAGGAGGAGCACUGAAUGCCGACAACGCUGCAAGACUAACGACCAUUUAUAGCGCAUCAGAGGAAAGCGAUCUUGGUAGCUCAACGACUGCUGUUGACUCUGAUGUCUCUCCAAUAGACGUCUUGCCCAAGGAAGAUGACUCCAAUUGGCCAACACGCCUGCUGCCGGAUCGAAUAUACGUCACUCUGGCUGCCGACGAGACAGAGCCUGACCGCCACUAUGCGACGAUGCCACGCGUUCGUCAUCUGGCUGUUGAGAACUUGAGUACCGGCGUGCCGAGUCCAAGAAACUGGGCAGACCGGAGUUUGGAAGAGGAGCUCAUACUCCUCGGGCUUUCGGAGUCUUCUGCGGAAGCAGCAGCCGAAGGCCUGCCAGGUGAUCCAUGUAAAGAUGAAUCUGGGUUCCACUCAGACGAGUCUGAGGAUGCGUUUGACGUUGGGCCGGAAGCGGAUCCUGCAUCUCCGCAGAAUCGCUCAGAAACUACACCGACAACCCUCAGACCUAUUUUGUCGGCGGACGAGGCAACUUUUGAGCACAACCGAGCCGGCGACGAAUUCCAGGACACCCAUGAAGAGGAUGGCUUCAGAACGGCUCGAAGCUCCAUGGCUGUAUCUGAGGACAUGUUCUUCGAUUGCACUAAUAUCGAUACCGACUCGAACGAGGCCUGUUUGUUGCCUACCAUUGAUUUUGAGUCUCACUGA